AUGAGGGUGGCAGGGUGCGGGGGUGGCGCGGGUGACAGGGAGCGGGUGACAGCGCGCGCGGGACCCUGCGGCGCGGCGGCCGCGCUGGUGGCCCCGUGCCUGCCGGUGGCGGUGGCGGUGACAGUGACAGUGACGCCGCGGGCAGCUGGAACUAAGCCGGGGGACGCGUCCCCGAGCCCUCGUCCCCUGCGCGCUCUCAGGCCACGGCUCCCACCCCAAGGUAACGGGCGACAGCGCUGUCCCAGCUUGGGGACAGCGACAGCACCUCCCAGCUGGGGAUGGAGGGGGACAGGGCGGCCCCGCGGCUGGGGCGGGCGCGGGCUUUGCGGGACCCCCGCGACUGGGUUCUGGGGGGUCCUCGUGCCACGCCACCGAGCCGUGUGUCCCCUAACGCUGUCACCGGGUGCCGGGCUUGGGGACAGCCUGGCUGCCAGCGGGCACCGCUCAGCUCCGUGCCUCAGUUUCCCUCUGUGCUCUGCCGGGCACCUGCUGGGAGCGGGGGCACCCGGGGGGGGUGGGGACACCCCGGUCCCAGGGUCUGCACCCCCUGGGCACCUUGGCACCCCAGGCACGGGGAGGCCCCCGGCUGUGCUGAGCUGGCACGGGAUUACACUAAGCCGGAGGUGCCGGGGCCACCGGGGCUGGCACCGAGGGGACAACCUGAGGCCACCGGGGCUGGCACCGAAGGGUCAAUCUGGGGCCGCCAGAUCUGUCGACGAGGGGCAACUCUCGACGCCCCAGGCGAGCCCGGAGCGGGUGCCCAGCCCGGAGGAGCAGCAGUGGGCAGGGCCCGAGGCGCUGUGCCCGGGCUGGCUGGAGGACGAGGCCCCCGAUGGCGAAGUGCCCGGGGACAGCGGGGACCCCGACGGUGCCACCCACGCCUACGAGCGGCUCCAGAGCGCCCUGUGCCAGGAGGGGCUGCCCCCCACGCUGGACUGCUCCCCAGAGCCCCGCACGGGAUUUGGCCCGCUGGACAUGACCGUUUGCAUCCUGGGCUCGCCCAUCCCCUUCCUGCCCGUUCUGCUGGAGGGUGGCACCCGCUGCCCAGGUGCCAUGGUGCUGUGCCUGUCCCCCUCCUGGGCCAGCCGGGUGCCAUCGGAGUCGUGCCCAGGCGCCUGGUCCCUGCUGCUCUCCCGGGGCAUCUCCUUCAAGGUGGGGGGGCACAGCGCCCUGGAGAGCUUCGUGCCGCCCCGCCGCGCCAACUACGUGACGGGCACCUUCGCGCCGGGGGACCCCGAGGGCGGCUGGGUGGGCGAGCUGGCCCGUGACCUCGACUGCCCCACGGGGGGCUCGGUGCCGCUCGCCCACCGCCUGGAGGACACGCUGGUCACCCGCUGGGUGCUGGCAGCUCGGGCCAACCUGCCCGUGCCCCCCACGCUGGCCUUCGUCCUGGGGACCAGGGGGGACCUGCCCGCCCAGCCCGCGGCCCCCGGGGUGAGGCUGGUGCGGCUGCAGGACCCCCAGGGCCAGCAGAGCCUGGUGCAGGAGGAGGUGGGCGCCUUCCUGGGGGGCACCGCCAUGGAGCCCUACGGCCAGGUGGUGGUGCGGCCGGCGGGGUGGCGGUGGCGGGGGACGGGCACCCGCAGCACCCACAGGAAGGAGGAGGGGGCGGCGGUGGCGCAGGCGGUGGGUGCCCGGCUCCGGGGGCUGACGGAGGAGGACAGCGUCCUGCUGGAGGCCAUGGUGCCCACCGCCCGCCUGCCCGUGCCCCCCCCACGCAGCCCAGCCCCGCGGCUGCCCAUGGCCCUGCGCAUCUGCACCCUCGUCUGCAGGUCCUGGGGGGACCGGCCCCAGCUCUGCCAGGUGGCCUGCGCCGUGGGACGCGCGGAGAGCCCGGUGCGCCACGGCGCGGCGCUGCCCCAGGGCCUGGACUCCAGCCUGCAGCAGUGCGGGGUGGCGGCCCCCAGCCAGCGACAGGCGCUGGCCACGCGGCUACGGGAGGCCACCGAGGCCGCCGCGGGCCUGCUGGCCAGCGAGGCCGAGCUGAGCCCGCGGCAGAGCGGCGGCGGCCGGGCCCGCACCGACAUCCUGGGCGUGGAUUUCCUGCUGGCGUGCGUGGAUGAGGCGCUGGAGCUGGUGGCGCUGGCCACGAACGGGCAGCGGUGCCUGGAGACGUGCGCGCUGGCCGAGGCCAUGGGGCGCGGCGUGGGCGAGCCCCGCGGGGAUUUGCCGCGGCUGCUGGCCGAGGCCAUGCUGCACCGGGCGCAGCGUCACCUGGUCGAGGGCAAGGACAUCCUGCUCAUCGGGGCCGGCGGCGUCAGCAAGAGCUUCGUGUGGGAGGCGGCCCGCGACUACGGGCUGAGGAUCCACCUGGUGGAGUCGGACCCGGAGCACUUCGCGGCGGGGCUGGUGCAGACCUUCCUGCCCUACGACAGCCGGGAGCACCGGCGCGACGAGGAGCACGCGGAGCGGGUGCUGGAGCUGCUGCGCUCCCGGGGGCUGCGGCCCCACGCCUGCCUCUCCUACUGGGACGACUGCGUGGUGCUGGCGGCCCUGGUGUGCCAGGGGCUGGGGCUCCGCGGCCCCGCGCCCGCCGCCGUGCGGGUGGCCAAGCAGAAGAGCAGCACGCACCGGCACCUGCAGCGCUGCCGCCGCGGCCGCUCGCCCGCCGCCUUCGCCGUGCCCUGCCGCCGCCUGCGGAGCCACGGCGACGUGGAGCGGGCGGCGGGCGCCGUGCCCUUCCCCGCCGUGGCCAAGCUGGAGUUCGGCGCGGGCGGCGUGGGCGUGCGGCUGGUGGAGAACGCCGGGCAGUGCCACGCUCACGCCGCCCGCCUCUGGAGGGACCUGCGCGACGACGCCGACCACCCGGGCAUCGGGCUGGGCUGGGGCAACGCCAUGCUGCUCAUGGAGUACGUGCCGGGCACCGAGCACGACGUGGACCUGGUGGUUUUCGAGGGGCGGCUGCUGGGCGCCUGGGUGUCGGACAACGGCCCCACGCGUGUCCCCGCCUUCCUGGAGACGGCGGCCUGCCUGCCCUCCUGCCUGCCCGCCGACCGGCAGGCGCAGCUGGUGCGGGCGGCGCUGCAGUGCUGCCGGGCGUGCGGGCUGCGCGACGGCGUCUUCAACGUGGAGCUCAAGCUGGGCCCGGCGGGGCCGCGCCUGCUGGAGAUCAACCCCCGCAUGGGGGGCUUCUACCUGCGCGACUGGAUCCGCGAGGUCUACGGCCCCGACCUGCUGCUGGCCGCCGUGCUGGUGGCGCUGGGAGUGCCGCCCGUGCUGCCCGCCCGCCCCGCGCCCCGCACGCACCUGGCCGGGGUGAUGUGCCUGGCCUCGGAGCACGGCGAGACCCUGGCGGGCGGCGGCGGCAUGGAGGCGCUGCGGGAGCUGCACGGCCGCGGGCUCGUCCGCCUCAACCGGCUCUUCGAGGAGCCCGAGGGGGCCGGCGAGUACGAGGAGCCGCUGCUGAGCGUGGCGUGCGCCGGGGCCACGCUGGCCGAGGCCUGCGAGCGCCUGCUGGGGCUCUGCCAGGGGCUGGGCAUCGACUCCCCGCGAUAUCCCGUGGAGCAUUUCUUGUCCCACUUCAAAUAG